GGCCCUCGUGUAGUUGUAGUAAAAUCUUACAGGAUGAAUUUUGGCUUAUUUAUUUUGGUAUUGUUUGGAGAUGCACUGGCAUCUUCAGACCAAAAGCUACUGUUGAAUUGCAAUCAGACGUAUGUGUAUGAUGCAUUUGGAAAUCCUGUUUAUCAAGAACUACAGACUAAACCAGUGUGUUCGAUAAAAGAAACCAGUAUUAUCUGCAGCCAGAAUCCAAGAACUGGAACCGAUUCAUCAAUUGUGGAGAAGGUUAAUGAACAAUCUAACAUAACAUGCAUGGCACAAGACGAGGUUGAUGGGACUAUUUACUACUAUACAAAUAGGACUUAUAAAUAUUUAAAUUCAGGUGGUUCUUCAGGCGAUUUAGAAAAUAUUAGUGAGCUUCAAGACCCAGAGGAUAUGACUGUAGACGCUUACCAGAAGAUAUUGUUUAUUUCAUUGAAGACCCAUAGUCCUAAAAUUGUCAAGUACAACAUUCUUAUGAAAAAUUGGUCUGUUGUGACAGAUGAAAACAUCAAGUGGCCCAAAAGUUUGGCACAUGAUCAUGAAAACAGAAAAGUCUUUUGGGUUGAUGCUAAGCUACGAAGAAUCAACAACUGUAGUUAUGAUGGCCAUUGUGAGACAGUUUUAAAAAAUCACCAGAAUUUGUCCAGUCCCUCUUCUCUUGCCAUUGAAAACAACACGUUGUAUUGGCUCGACACAGAUUUAAGUGAAGUUUUGUCGUGCCAAGCAGAUCACUGCAAUGAUACUUUUAAAAAACUUUUCUCUGUAGACAAAACCUGCAAAGAAUUAAAAAUCCUACAUGAAGGCAUUGAAGACUUGCAUCGUCUGCAUAAUUCUGAGAUGGGCUAA